AGAACCCUUUAAACGUUACGAUACCAAAACCGCAUAAACCAUACUUUCAAAAAAUGCGUGAGAAACAUAGAUAUGAGAUAUGUUUAGUUAACCAGACUUAUAAUCUGAGCUUAAUGGGAGGUCAUGGACCUUAAAGAGGUUUCAAAAACAACCUAAAGAUAUCACUUACGAUUUUCAUCUCAGUGCGAACGACUGUUACCGCAUUCCAUCAAUACCAGUGCCAUCGGCUGCGGCUUGAAGGAUUUGUCAUUUUCAAAGAGGGGUCAAGCUCUAAGGAAUGGAUACGUGAUUCUGACAUUACAAACCUCAAAACAGAAAAGCAUUCGUUGUUCUAUGUAAAGACAUCACUGUGUUAUGUAUCUAUUUCUGUCUCAACGUUUCUUUUAUGACUGACUUAAUAAUAGAUCGUCAAUAAAGAAAUAAUCAUUGAGCAUCAAACAUAACCGCUGUGCGGACACAUGAUACUAAACUUAAUCUCCUCUCACAACAUAGUCGCAAGAUACACAGAAACAUAUAAUGCAUUCCUCGUGGUCAAUGAUCGUGCGUAAUGCGGAAUGCGCCCAUAGUUGCUAGGAUGUGGAAUAUUUCCAGACGUUUUCUGACAAGGAAAAACAAAAAUUCCGCCGCCUCGUUCUCAGCGGAAGCUCGUUGUAAAAGCAUCUACCUUGAUCUCGCACGGUACAAUCAGUGUAGGUUUUCAAAGGCUUGCGAGCGACUUCCCUUUGCAAUAUUGUUGUCUGUUUCAAGGAGUCGCUUUUUCCAGCGAUCAUAAGGUAAUUGUUGGCGUUCUCACUAAUCAACGAUUAGUGUCAGCGGAGUACUCCGCACGCAAUCUUUCUAUCAAAAAUGUUUGUAGUGCUCGAGUGGCCCUCUUUGUCAUGGACGCCGCUCUCUUUCCUACUGUCUGUAUUUGCAAUCGCAGUCUUCAGCAUCGCAGUUUCUUUCAUCUUCGUUCUGGGAAGAGCUUACUCUCAAGUCCGUAACUUUGAUGGUCCACCAUGCCAUCUAAUCAAAGGACAUUUAGAACAGGAUUUAAAAAGAUAUUCCUUGCAAAUGAUUUGUUUGACGUUGCACUUCACUAUGAAGAGGACACAAACAAAAACAUGUCGCUUAAAAAAAACUGUCAGCCACCUGUUGGCUGCAUUUCUAGGUGUUGGUCUCGGUCUCCAAGAAGGAGAGAGAUGGAAAAAUUCGCGGAGACUUCUAACUCCAGCUUUCCACUUCGAAACUAUUCAACCAUACAUCAAGAUUUUCCAAGAAUCUGCAGAUAUUUUAUUGGGUAAAUGGGCGUCGUCCCCGAGCAGAGAGGUGGAGCUCUUUCAUGAUAUAGGGUUGUUGACGUUUGACUCCAUCUUGAAAUGCGCCUUCAGUUACUGGAGUGACUGUCAAGUGAAAAGACAUGACUCCUUCCUGAGAGCAGUUCACGAAAAUACUCAAGCAAUUAUGGAUCGGUUUCGGACUCCUCUGCACCAUUCAGAUUUUGUUUACAAUCUGACGUCCGCGGGAAGAAGGUUCAAAAAGAAUUCUGAGAUUGUUGGUUGCAAGGCAGAUGAAAUUAUCAAGAAAAGAAGAAAGGCUCUGAUGGAAAGGCCAGAAGAAGAGGCUUUGAGAAGACAAGAGCAUUUUGACUUCCUCGACAUUCUUCUUGAAGCCAGGCGCGAUGAUGGACAAGGAUUAACGGAUGAAGAGAUUCGAGCUGAAGUAAGAACAUUCAUGUUUGCGGGACUUGACACGGUGACCAGCGCAAUCAGUUGGAUCCUCUACUGCCUAGCACUCUACCCUGAGCACCAGCAGAAAUGCCGGGAAGAAAUUGAUUUACUUUUUGAAAAUGGAAAUGAUUUACAACGAGCGGAUCUCUGCAAUGUUCCUUAUCUCAAGCUUUGCAUCAAUGAGUCAAUGCGUCUGUACAGUCCAGUUCCGAUUAUAUGUCGUUUAUCGGACAAAGAAUAUGAAAUUCAAGGAAGGACCCUCCCUUCAGGUACUUUUCUGUAUGUCAACAUCUUCGCUAUUCAUCGUAACCCUUACAUUUGGAAAAAUCCAGAGGUAUUUGAUCCUUUGCGGUUCACAGAGGAGAACACCAAAAAACGGCCAUCGCACACUUUCAUUCCAUUUUCAUCCGGAAGAAGAAACUGUAUAGGAAAGAAUUUUGCAAUGGCGGAGAUCAAAUCUACAAUAGCUAUGAUAUUGCAUCGGUUUGAGCUUACGGUUAAUGAAGAUAACAUGGUGUCUAUGGAGGACCUUCUCACAGUGCUUGUAUUACGUAGUAAAAAGGGACUAAAAGUUAACGUUGCCCCAAGAGAUCAAAACCAUAAUUCAUCGACGGUUUGUUCUGAACGAGCAAACAUAAAGUGCUGACUCGACAUUCAGGACGAGCCUUUCUUCCUCUUUUUUUUUCAAAACAGACUGAAGCUUCAGGCUGAGUCAUCAAAAGUUAAGAAUGUUCAGACUCUUGCAUCCUUUUUUAAAAUUCAAGAGAGUAGAAAUCAACGCUGUACCAUAAAAAAAUGCGUAUACAUAAAUUUGAACUUCAAUGUAACUAAACGAUUACCGUUACUUAUUUAUUUCUGCAAAACACACGCUGUGAGUGCGUAUAAAAGUAUUCUGCUGAAUGGAAAUUAUAUGCAAAUAGCGAUAUUUUAAUAAACAUAGGUAAUAAGGUAGGAUCUCACUCACUCAGAGCUUCCUUUUAUUUACUUUUGUUAUCAAUGUAUUCUGGACCGAGAAUUGCUAAAGGAAAAUCUAAAAUAUAUCAUUUAAUUAUCGAUAUAAUUACAUUAUUUUACAUCAAUAUCAUAGAAGCGUUUUAUUUUUGUGAUUAGAUGGUAAAAAUGCCAAUCAAAAUUAGCAUUUUACACCUCAUUUGUCUAGAAUAAACAGUAGUUACUUUUUGUCAUUUGUUCCAAAAAUUGGGCAAAUAAAAAUGAUGAAAAUAAAAACGAAUUAUACCGUUA